UUAAACAUGUUGUCAAAAUUCAUAUAUUUAACGAUACAUUGUAUUGAAAACUGUUAUUUCAAUAAAGGAGACGUUCCAAUCUUGAAAAUGACCCAUCUUGAAAUACGAGGAUCAGGGUUAAGUCAUUUUCAUCAAGGUAUAUCAUUUUUCAAACUUCUUAAUCCACAAUAAAUUGCCCUAAAUUAAUAAACGUAUAACAAAUUUCAUGACCCAAUUAAUUUUGUGUGACGUCAUGAAUUUACAAUACCUUUUAAUGAAUAAUAAAUUAUUUAAAAUCACAUUGAUAAAUGUAGAAGAUUAAACAAUAAUAAUGUAUAUAAUACGAUACCUCUUUCAAAGUUCCUUCAAGACAGCGGCUUGUUAGGAGUGCAUCAACUAGCAGCAGGUAAAUGGAGACUUUUUCGUUUCAAAUUAUUAAGUUUAAAUGUGUUGUUUGUUGUUUUUUUAAAUUAUAUUAUCAAUCAUUUUUCAUGUAGUCUUAGUGUAAAAAAUACCAUAACAAAACCAUUUUAUUUUAAAUUUAAGGAACUUUUAUAAGAUUGUUUUAAAAAAGUAUUGCUGGCAUCCGUUUGUCGCAAUGUGACGAUGGUGAAGACUUCGCAGGACAACAUCCACAAGGCAUGUGAUUAUUCUUCUAGGAUUAUAAGCUGGCUCCCGACAGCAAAUCGCCUCUCUCCACCCCGCUGGACAACCCAAGGGAACUUCGUGUGGAUGCUACAGCUUGGCACCAGUGGCGUUGCAGGAGUUGUCGAAAUGUUUCAUUGCACCAAUGUUAUCUGUCGGCCGGACUCCAUCUCCGGGUUUGAAUUCAGAGAUUCCUUCUCUUAAAAGAAUGGAAGUUCGGCUGGAACUCCGGACCCCCAAUUUGAGAUUUGCUCAGUUUAGACCAUUCGUCCACCAAGCACCGAUUAUUGAUCGUUUUAGUAAUGUGAUUUCUUCCUCCAUCUAUUCAUAACUUAAUUGAUCAUUUAAGAAAUACUUUUUCAUUUUAAAUAAUCAAUUGCACAACAAUGUACGUUUUUAUUUUAAAUACCAUACAUGUUCAUCUAAAGGCCACUCUCGUCUAUAAGUUGAGGUCAAUUUUUCCCAAGCAAUUAUGAAAUAUGUUUUGGCUCAAAGAUACCAAGGGUAAAACUUGGAUCUGUGAAAGUUUAUAAUUUUGUCAGAUUUUACCAAGGAGGAGUAAAAUGUAAAUUAAAUUAUAGCCACCUGCUAUUCGGGAUCUCUCGAAGGCAAGUGUUUGUAAAGGUAUGUACUUUCUAUGUAAUGAUCACUGUUUUUCUCCAAGUUUCGGCUCCAUAGAGGAGGACUAUUUUGGUAUGUGUGUCAGUACAAAUGCUGACCUAGCCUAUCUCAUUCUAGACUUGAUAUCAGCUUUCGAACUACCAUUUAUUUAAAAAUUGCUGCCCACGUAUGUGGAGGCUUCCAAUUCUUCGAUUGCAUUUCCUGCCAGAGAGAUAUGCUCUUGAUUUGCUGAGUUUACCUUCAUGACCUUUGUAUCUCUUGUAUUCAUAUUGAGUCCGAGCUGUGCUGAAAUUGUGGCUAAUUUUUUUUGUCUAUCCAGCAUUUGUUGCUGGUUAUUUGACCGAACUGCAAUGUCAUUUUCAAAGUCAAGGUCAUUCAGUUUUUUUCCAUCGUGUCCAAUUUAUCCCAUUGCUUAUUUUCUCCGUCCAUUCAUUCAUUAUUCAUGCAAGGACGAAAGGGACAGGGGGACACUAGACAUUCUUGUCAGACUUCCUUUUCUACUUUGAAGAGAUAUGCGAGUCUAUCUUUGUGUACAACACUGCAUGUCUUCUGAAUCAUGCAGUUUAGUUCAGAUGGUAACCCAGUCAUGCUGGAGACGUCACUACAAGGUUUAUCGGUCCAGGCUAGUAAAGGCCUUUUCGUAGUCGAGGCAGUUUAGAUAAAGAAAGAAGAUCAGUUCUCUGGACUGUUCUAAAAUGAUGCUUAGUAUUGCAAUUUGGUCUGCGCAUAAUUUGUUUCUGCGUGGUUGCCUGGUCCUUAAUUUUAUUCAAAAUCAUUUUGUUAAAUACCUUCCCUGGUACUGACAGCAGUGUAAUUUCUCUGUAGUUUGCACAGUUUCUGAGAUCCCCUUUUAUUUGUAUCUUGAUGAGGUAUACUUCUUUUCAAAUCUUUUGGAUGUGCCUCUUCCCAUAUCUUUUGAAACAGAGGAUGCAGCAUGUUGACUAAUGUAUCUAAAUCUGCUCUCAUCAUCUCUGCUCUGAUGUUAUUCAGUCCCAAUUUUAAGCUGAUUGAUUUACAAUGUUGUUUCUUCCUUAUUUCAGGCACAUUCUUCUAUUUGUAAAUCUUUAUUUGCUUGUUGUAUUACCGGUGUGUCUGUGGGUGGAAGUCUGUUUAGUAAUUCUUCAACGUAUUCCAUCCAUCAUUUUGUUGUUCUUUUCGUUCUGAUCUACCUUAAUUGUAUUUGGCGGGUCUCCAGGGCUUCUUGUAUUUGCUUGACAGCUUUUAUGUCUUUGAGCUAUUUUAUGGUCUCGUUUUUCUUCUCCUAUCUAUCCGCUUCUUCUGCUGUUGAUGCUAGAGUAUCUAUGUUAACUAUAGUAUCGUGUUUAAUACUGCUCUUUUGCCAUUCAUUGGCGUCUUUAUAGUUCUCCCGUGCUUUUGUUUUCUCUGAUCUGGUGCGGGUGCUGUUUACUGUAGACCUCAUUUAUUUUCUCUCAUUUAUUUAUUGCAACGUGUUGAGUAAGAAACAAUAUUUGUGUUUGUGAUCAACUGGUCCUAAUACCUUGUUGUACGUGGGUUUUACGGACCUCUUUAUGUUUUCGCAUUGAAGCUAUAUCUGGUCAUCUUCUGUUUAGUUUGGUCUUGCUGUACCUGGAAAUAGUUCUAAAUACUAAGCGUAUUUAAGUUGUCUAAUAGCUGGCUGUUAACAAUUUUUCUUCAGAUUGAGCUUGAGUCUUGCCAAAACAAGCUGGUUAUUGAUAGAUUGAUUUAAUAUUUAUAUCGCGCCAGUAUCCAUGCCAUUUUAGCCUGCUCACUGUGCUCUGGUCCUCCGAAAUCUAUUUAAACCAAAAUUUUUAAAUUGUUUCUUAAAUGAUUUUUUUUAUCAUUUACAAUUCCCCUCAAAGAUUGAGGCAAACUGUUCCAUAAUUUUUGCGCUAUCGCUUCCAAAGAGCGCACUCCAUAAGAAUUUUUAUUGUGUAAGUAAUUUGUUGAAGACCGCAGGCUCUUCAAGGAUACAUGUUUAUAAAUCAGUUGCUUGAGAUAUUCCGGUGCUGAGCCAUCUAUGCAGCUGUACGCCAGGGACAGAAUUUUGUAGUUAAUGCGCACACUCACAGGAACCCAGUGGAGAUUUCGUAGAACUGGAGUGAUGUGGUCAGAUUUUUUCAUCCACAAUACAAUGCGUGCUGCAGCAUUUUGUAACUUUUGGAGUCUCUUAAUUUGGUUCUGGGGUAAACUCUACAAACAACUAUUACAGUAUUCUAAUCUUGACUGGAUUAGAGUUACCUCUACAGUAUUGGCUGUUCUCCUAUUGAGUUAGUACGAAGCUGACCCAGGGCAUGCAGAUGACAGAAGCAAGCCUUGACAACAGAACUGAUAUGUGGAAUCAUACUAAGUUUACUGUCAAUAUCAGAUACGAUAUUAGAUCCUCGUUUACCUAAUUCAUCUUGUAGUUUCCUUUUAAAUUUUUAGCAAAAUUACAUGCGGUCAAUUUAGUUGUUUGUUUUGUUAGAAGCUGUAAACCAAGAUACCUUAUGGAUACUCUUACACUGGAAUACGCUGCCCCAAUAACGAGUUCAUUCGCCGCGCAGAAGUCUGCUAGGCUUUUGCCGUUUUCAUUACGCGCCCCAUAUUUUCUCCAAUAUCUCUUAUUUUCUUUUCCAAUCUCAGUAUUUAUCUUUCCCUCUUGGAUAUUUAAAUCUCUACCUGGAGUUUUUUCUAGUACAGCUAUUAGUAUAUUGAAGAAAGAAUCUUUUUUGCAUCGUCCUCACUUUCGUUGUUUGUUGUACAGCACUGUAUUAAAUUCAUAUUUAUUUUCUACUUUUUGGUUCGGAUAGUUGCUGUAAUCAUUCUUGGACCAUGGGGUUCCGCAUCCUAACAAUGGCCCUUGUGCAAUCCAUGACAACAUGAAAGCAAAUCCUUAUGUGUGGAGCAUUUUCCUCCUCAUGCCCUGAGUAUAUUAAUGUUUCUCCCGAGGCAAAAAGUAGCUGUAUAGCUUGUGUCGAUCUUGUUUCUCAUGUGCCCAGCAGUGUCCAUUUGUAUGUUUUUAUUUCUUCCGCCACUUGUGCUGAUUACCUUUUUCGUACAUCACUCUAACAAUGCAGGAGGCGUCAGUUAUAGCCUGAUUUAGGCCUCAAGGCUUCAUAACACUUCUUGGGGGAAGAAGAGCCCUCAGCGCUGAAUUGUCUGGGGUUUUUUUUUCUUCUUCUAUUAACGUUUCUUUAUUUGUUUUUUUUUCCCAUGUUUAAUUAGCUGGUCUCACGCCAACCCUCCUCGUUUUGCACCGGGGCUUGGGAACGAACACGGUGGAGUUAUCACACUAGACGCUUUCGUCUAAAUCUACAAAAGCUAACAAUCUGCAGACUACACAAUAAGACAUCUCUGAAUAAUACCAUAUAGCAGUCAAUCAAGUUUUUUUUUUUAUUAUAUAUAUAUAUGACCACUAAAUUCUGUGCCUAUCCUGCCAAGGUUUUGAGAGUAAUUUUUUUAAAUUCUUUACUCUAAGCAUUUUACAAUUUUUAAAGAACACUUUUUUUAAAAUUUGACCAAAGUUUCCGGGGAAAAUCUAAAUGCAUCAAAAUACAUAAACAAGUACAGCGUGUGGCUGUUACAGUACUACAUAAAGAGUUCCAUCCUGAUGUGAUUUUUUUUUUAAAAACACCAAUUUUGUGUAGCGGCAGUUCGCGUAAUAGUCGCGAUACAACUUUUCAGGUGACUAAGGGUUAUUAUUAUUAUAAUUAACGUGGUAUUAUAAUGCGCAGUAUUCACUGCGAUUCACAUUAAAACUUGCAAACGAAACAGGGCAUUAAAAACCAGGUGAAUAAAAUUAUUCAUCUAACAACAGUUGUGUAAAAAUAAUCUUCAAUAAUAGCCUCGUUUUGGUGACUUCUUCUGUUGUGAUAUUUUUACAUUUCCGUAUUUCUACAUCCUACAUGUUUUCAAAUGUAAAAAAAAAUAUUUUGUUUUCGUUUUUCAUAAUGCCCAUGUGCAUGGGCGCCUGCAGGUAGGGGCAAGGGGGCACUCCCCCCCCCCUGGAUUGAUUAGAUAAAAAAAAUUUAGACAAAAAGAUACAAAAAAUGUAUUAAAGUUAAGAGAAAAUAAAGAGAAAGUAACUAAGCUGAUGUCCUGUCCGUUCGUUCACCAUACAAAUACGCUACAGUAAAUUAAAACUAUAUUAAAAUAUUACUAACAAUUUUUGCCCCCCCCCCCUGGAACGUUAAUCGGUUUUUUUACCCCCCCCCCCCUUUCCCUAGAAAGUUUUCUGCUGGCGCCUAUGCCCACGUGAUUUUAGUAUUCCACAAAUGAUGUCAUCACAAUGUAUCUUCUUUUAGUGCAAUCAUAAUAGCAGAUGGAGAAAAAAAUUUGGAAGGAUUUCCCAUCCUCCAGUGUUGAAUUUUGUAAUUAGUAUUUUUAUAUUAUUUCAGGAGAUGUGACCUAUUGUAGAAUAUCUCAGUUAUUCCUUGAAACUUUUAUUUCGUUCCGGACCUAUUUAAUGAAAUAGAUUUGUUAUCUCAAGUUUGAUGGUUCAAAUUAUGAUUAGGAUGCGGCUAUUCGGACCCGUUGAGAGUUUGGGUUUAUUAAAAAAUAUUUAAAAAUUAUUGUAGGGGCUUGUAAGACAAAAUUUGGUAUCAAAUGAAAGAUAAUUGAAUGGACUAUUUGUUUGUAAACUUACUUCUUCAGUUUAAAUAAAGUAAACUUCCACAAAUGUCAUCUAAAUAGAAUGUAGUCAAAAUGGAACCGGAAACGCAUCGCCGCUAUUCGGACACGGGUCCCAUUAGUCUCAACUACCUUUCAUUUGAUACCAAAUUUAGUUUUGGAACCUAACAAUCAUAUUUUAUUUUAAAUUUUAAUCCCAACCCCUCACUUCGCGGACCCGGGUCCGAAUAGCCACUUUGUUAUGAUUAAACACAACCUGAUGUUUACCGAAACCUGCACGACAGUCCACUUGACACUGGCAUUAGGCGCGGUCAUGGUGGUUAUUUAUUUAAUAUCCUGACUUGCGUAGAGGUCAUAUUGUACUUGGUUCACUUGGCACGACCCUCCUUGGGAUCCAAUGUUCAGCUCCCAAGUAGAGUGCUACCCCGCAAUAAAGUAAAGUUGAACUUAACAUCGUUGUAGCAUGACUCUAUAUAGUUGGUAUAUAAUAUAUAUAAAUAUAUUAUAUAAUAAUUUAUAUAUAUAUAUAAUUUUUUUCUAAAAUGACUUGUAUUCAAUGUAAAUGAGAUAAUGUAUUAAUCUAGAUGAAAUAAGAUCAUGAAAGGGUUUGAAAUAUAUCAAAGAGCGAAAUCUUGUCCUAUGGUGGAUGAGCUUGGAGGCGAUAUUAGAUCAAUUAAAAUAUAUCCGAAAUGUUCAUUUUAAAAAAUCGAUAAAUCUCUAUUCACUUGAGACCGUGUUGUAUGCGUCGGCCCUUAAGAGCUUUGAUCACGCGAGAAAGCAACGGGGAUUGGUCUCAUAAAAGUGUAGUUAACACAGACUCAAGGGGAACUUGCCUUACCACAAGCCUGUUUUUUUUUUUAUGGAACCUAAAUUAUUGCGUCGUAGCAGGCUUUCACCAUUCAUGUGCCAAUUUAACAUGCCCAUGUUUUCGUCUUUUAAUGGGGAGUUGCACAAGAAAAUUCCAUUUUACUGGGCCGUGUGUAAUUAUUGCGAAAUGAAAUUAUUUAAGUUCAUGUUUCCCAGCACUUUAAAGUUAAUUCGGAAUCAUAUUGAUUUCAAAUUCUCUUUUUCUGUCUUCCUCUUUUAAAAAAAUGGGGAAAUACUUUUAAUUUUGUUCUGAACAUCCCCUUCAAUUGUUUUCAUUGAUUUUUUUUUAAUUUUUUUUUUAUUUGUGCAAAUGUCUCUAAAUAUUUCAAGUGUAGAUUUUUUUGGUCAUUAUCUGCCGUUCAAGCUGAGCUAGGGGCCGUCCAUUAAUUAUGUCAACAAAAUAGAGGGGCAUGGGGUUUAGAUAUGUUUGACAGUUGUUGACAAGGGGGAGGGAGGGGGGUUUAGAUUAGUUGACGUAAAAAAAAUAAGUUUCCUCGAUUAAAUGAAAAUUGACUGUUUAUUACAUUAUUUUUUUAAAAAAUAAGGAGUGUAAAUACUCAUAUAAUAUUUAGGUGGUUAUGUGCAGUCAAGAUAAAUGAUGUUGUUGGAGAAGGAACAGGAUAUUUUGAGAAUAGGGGAAAGUAAAUUGAGUAACAAUAAUUUCAUCGCAGCUUGAACGGAUUUCCAAAGUGUGUAACAUCUAUUUUGCAUCACAAGUCAUGUUGACAAGCAUUGUUCAACAGCAACGACAAUGAACUUUUUAGCAUAAGAAAUGUGCACCUGCUCCUCAACAAAAAGGGAUUCGACCAAUGCGAGUAGCUGCAAGGACAGAGCUUAUGGCAAUUAGUGCUCACAACGACAAUGCUUCUAUUUUAAGUGCCGAAUAAUUAGAUGCGGAUGAUGUUGACUUGUCUGGUAUAUCAAUUCCGCAAGAUGAAAUUGAUAAAUCAGCUACUAUAGACUGAGCCCAUCAGGGGUGUUAUUUCAGUCGUUUCUAGGGGGAGGGGGGGGAAGGCCAAAAGCAAAACUUGGUCGGCUUGUCAAGUUGUUUAUUACUGGGGGCGCAACAGUAUAUAGCAAUUUAAAUAAAACCUGCAAAUUCAGGGGGUUGCACUACACAAAUGAUGUCCCCUGAUGCCCAUUGUUACGAUAGAGCAACGCCUGGCUACUCGAUUGGAAGAUAAUAGCAGCUAGAAUCUAUACUAUAAUUGUCGGCUAUACUGAAAAUAAUCAUAUUUAUACUUCCACAAAAAAUGAUAUUUAGUCCUUAACAACCUUUUAAUUAAUUCUGCAUUAUUGUAUUUAAGUGUAAAAACUUUUUAACUUGUGGAUUAACAAGCUGAACAUGUAAUGAAAUGUUUUUCCUACAAUUUUUUGUCAAUAAAAUAGAUCAGCACAAAUUAAAUUUAUUUAUAUUUAUAAACUUAUUUAUAUUAUAAUUCAAUUUUUAAAUUAUUUUGGGGUGGUGGGUUAUAAAAUGUUGACAUAAUUAAAUAGGGGGGUCACUGAAAGUUUUACAUUUGUUGACAAAGGGGGGCGGGGGGGGGUCAAAAAGUAAUUAAUGGACGACCCGUUAUCUCAGUGCCCUGGUAAUCCUUUAUUUUUUAACUAAAUUGAUUUUGUAUGUAAUUAUUUUAACCUGUUUAUUUUUUGACGCUAGCACAGGACAAACUCUUUAAAUUUAAUGUUUUUCAAUUUCGAAUUUGAUCCCUUCGUUGAUUGAUUUUUUUUUUCUGUACCAUCUUUUUAAAUGUGAUCUAACAGAUGUAACAAACAAAUAAUAACAAACGACUUUGUUUAGGUAAUUAUUUUCUGUAGCAUAUUUUUUUAACAUUCUUGUUGUUUGUUAGCCCAACACACACGCUGUGGCUGUAAACUUUCUCAGUUCAAUUUGUUAAUUCCUCCCAUGUUUGAUUUUCUAGCCAAAUAUGUUUGAAUGUUAUCUAACGAAACUACAGGAGUAGUGUGGAAUGUAGAAACGAUUCUCUUGGUGUUCAAUCUAAUUUUUUUUUUCUCGUCUUCGAAUUAGCCAAAAACCAAAUCGGCAUCCAUUAACCAAAACUGUUCAAACUUAUAAAAGGCCAGCGACUUCGCCGCAGUAUAAAGGUAACACAACUUAUUAAUUUAAAAAAAAAAUUUUUUUUGUUUUUUUUUAAAUUCAAGUUGGAUCUGUCUAUACAAGAAAAGACCUCAAUAUGGCUUGAGUUUUAAAGAAGAAAAAAGGGAAAUGAAAUUGAAAAGUGUGAGAUAUUAAAUAUGUACAGAACUCAAACUUUAUAAAUAAAUAUUUUAUUGAUAAUAAACCAAUGUAAAACACUAAAUAUGUUUGUCUUUAAGGUUCUGCGACUGAUCUUCGGGGUAUGUCCCUUGACGUAAGUAUUCCUUCAGUUAAAAAAACAACAAAAAAACGUGUAUCUUAAAAUUAAAUUGGCUCUUGAUAAAAUAAAAGUCAAAGCGUUACGAAAUGUUACAUUAAGAAAUGGCGUCAGCGGGGCGAGUCUAGACUCUUAUGCCCCCCCCCCCAAAUUACCCCUCCCCGGUCCGACGUAUCGGGCCGCGGAGCGGCACGUUGGAGAUGCCCACUGGUCAGGAUGGCCCCCACGCGGGCCCCCCACCCAAGUCCCUCGCCUGGGCGCUCGACCAGGACCCCGCCUGGGUGCCGCCCCAACCAGGAGGCACCCGGUCGAUCCGACACUAUGCGUUUAAAUAGUGCACUCGAUCGACUUUCUCAGGAGUUGGGAUGAAAAAAUUUACGUCCUAAUAUCUUCCCCCACCCAUCCCGGGAAAGCGUCGGACGCCCUAUAAGCGUUACGAAAUAAAAGCGUUUGAUGCUGAUGUUUCGUAAUUUCUGAGGCCUUCUUAAAAAUUUUUUUUUUUUUUUAAAUAUUUUAAUUGCAGUAACUUAAUAAAAGUCAUUGCCAAUACAAGAUAAUAGUCUGCCAGAUUUAUGUUAAAUUAAAAAAAGAAUUAUUCUAAAUAAAAUCCUUCAUACCAUAUGUAAAAUUUUUUUUAAAAUUCACUUAACAAGAUUUUUUAUCGUGGUUAUGAUUUUCUUUUAACAUUAUUUUUUUAACAUUUCCUUCAAGACUGACCUUUCAAAGAAAUUGAACAGAGAAUUAAAGAAUAUAUGGAAUGUGAUCCAAAAAAUGAGCGGCCAUAAGCUGACAAUUGCGCUUAAGAAAUACACAGUUACUUCUGAUGAGCUUAAUCAAUGUAUCAAGUCUCUUACGGGCCGCUAUCAGCAACUGAAAAUAUUGAUUGAUGGAAGGAAGAAAGAGUCCUUAACAGUUGAAGAUAAAUUUGAUGUCACCCUUUCAGAAAAUGAAGUUUCCAUUGCUGUCCUGCUAAUCAAUAGUGAAAUUGAAAAUAUAUUGACUUCCCUGGAAAACAAACAAGUAAGACACUAUGUUUUUAGCGUGAUUUAACUUCAUUAUCAAAGUUGAAUGAUUUGUUUUAAAAAAAGUUAAUUUAGCUUUUGUAGCCCUUAGUCAGUUUUUAAGGCAUAGAGAAUAUUUAGCGUUAACAAACAAAAUAACAAGUACGUUUAUGUUAAAAUAUUUAAAUAAGGUAUCUUUAAUAUUAACAAAUCAGACAUUUUAGCUUUUGUUAAUAACACUACCUAAAAUAUGCAAAAAAGGAACAAAAUUGGUAAAUGUUCAGAAAGGAUGCCACUAUUUUCUCAAUGGCUGCCAUCUUGGUUGACAAGACCAGUUAAUUCUGUCACUAAAUCUAAGUAAAUGUAUCUCUAAACAAAGCCUGAACCCUAAUUCACGGUAACUUUAAUAAACACGCAAAUUAUGUCGUGGCAUCCAAUCCCAGCAUUAGCCACAAAGUUUGAUGUACUCGCUCUUUUAAUGUCAAAGUCAUCUUCAUUAUAAAUAGCUAAAAAAAUUACCAGAUUCAAAGCAUAAUGAUUCCUUGUGCAAUUUACCUUCAGAAUGUCUAAACUUAUAAUUGACAUCUGGAUUCAUUUUCAAUUAGGUUUUGGUUUUUAAAUGAUCAAUAUCAAGGUUCCUAAAAUCGAGUAAUGAAACACAAACAAUUUGUGUAAGUACAACAACAUAUGUUCAGCUUUAAUUAUCCUUUUAAAAAAUUUAAACAUUUCGGCAAAUGCCUUCAUCUCAGUACAGAAAACAAAACAUUAAAAUAAGUAAAAAUUAAAUUUCCAUAAUAUAUAUUUACAUGUAUCCUACCAAAAAAAUAGAAAAGAAUAAGAAUGGGCGCAAAAUUCAGACAAAAACAAAGUUAAGAAGUACGGAAAGGAAGUGAGUGGAAGUAAAAUUUAAAAACCAAACACGAAGAAGACAUGGCAGCUACUUAAAAUUUUGGAUUUGGUUUAUACCAUUACGGAGUCAACGUAUCAAAUCUUGUUAUUAUUUUUUAUAUAUAUAAAUCCUAUCGGUGUAUUAUUAGUAAACAAUAUACCAGUAACUGCAAUAUCUAAAUUUCCAUCAUGGCUAGUGCUAUUGAAAUGUCUGGAAACUGAACAAAGGGCUCAUUUAUUUAUAUUAUAGAGGUGUACUAUAAAACGGUCAUAAAGCUGAGCAUACAUUGUUUUACUUAAACACAUUGUUUGUGUCUAAAUAUUCUAAUUUAAAGCUUUAUCGCAGUCCAACACAUUCCUAAAAACGACUUGAUUUCAUCGCAUAAAUUCAUGUGUAGCCUUGUAGGUUAUCUCAUCCAAACAAUCACCAUCACAGUUAAGAUUGUAUUAAAUAUUUGAAUUAAGCAGAGUUCAAAACUCUAGAUCAGUGGUUCUCAACCUUCCUAAUGCCGCGACCCCUUUAUACAGUUCCUCAUGUUGUGGCGACCCCCAACCGCUAAAUUAUUUUCGUUGCUACUUCAUGACUGUAGAGUACAUGUGUUUCAGAAUGUGUUACAGGUUGAGAACCGCUGCUCUAGAUUUACUCAAAUGUUUUGUGAAAGAUUGUGUUCCUGUUGCAUCUUUUAAAGAAUCCGUAUCCAUCACUGUUAAGAUAGCUUACUAAUAAUUUUGUUAAUGGGAAUCAUACAAAAUUAAGUUAAAUCCUGCACAAAAUUUUUGUUUAAUUUGUUUUUUGCUCACACAUUACAUUUUUUUAGGGUAAAUCAGGACACACUGCACAGAUGCAUGAAAUAGUUACUAAUCUAAAAACAUUCUCCAAUAUUGCAACUGAAAUCUCUCAAAUUUGGUCUGGAGAAAAAUUGAAUGAACAUAAGUUAGAGCUGAUCCUCAAAAAAAUGGUUAAAUUGAAUCAGGACUUAAAAUCGCAGAAGAGCUUAACUUUAAAUGAAAGACACAUAAUAACAGAGGCUGACAUUUUUUGUAAGCUCCUUGGUUUAAAUCAUGAAAUUGGAGAAAGGCUUUGGUCUUUAGAUGAAAGCUACUGUCUGCAUCAAACUACACUCUACUUUAUUGAGCGAUGGAUGAAGGUUGCUGAAGAUGAAAUAAACGAUAAAGAAGUUGAGUUUACAAGUGAUGUAAGUGGUAUUGAGAUGUCAUCAGGAAAGAGAGAAAAGUUUAUCUCCACUGUCCAACACCUUGGAUUAACCAAAGAAAAAGCCAACCAGCUGUUUUCCACUAUACCAAUUGAAUACAUUGAUCAGCAAACACCAUCCUACUGGAUAAUGAGAUACAUCACAAACAUCAUUCAAUACCAUCCUGUCUUUACUAACGUUCUUAGAUACAUGUAUUCUGAAGAUAAAAUAGGGGAAUGGUUUGAACAAAAUAUUGAAAUUACCAAGUCCCAUGAAAUGAGAGACACAUCAACAUUUAAGAUUAAAAUGAUCAAUCAUGAUUCAAGUGAAAAAAGCCAAACAGCUGUAGAUGCAUUUUUGGAGGAAAUCCAAGCAGAAGAAAACUGUGAAGUCCUUUUCCACGGAACUGAUCACAAAAGUGCUAAAUCUAUUUUAGAGGAAGGCAUACUAAUUUCCCAAGGCAAGCCAUGCCAAGACUUCUCCUCUAAUGAUGGAUUCUACUUGUCGUAUUCGUAUGAAAAAGCACGUGAACGGUCUUCUAUCGCUCUUCCACACAAUCAUGCAGUUCUGGUGUUUAAAAUUCAGAAGUCCUUUCUUGAGGUUGAUGGCAAGAAACGGUUAGAUCUUUCUGGUGAUAAAAAUAAAUGGGAAGAAAUUGUAACAUUCUGUCGCAAAGGUUGUAGAUAUAGAAAAACUAAAGAAAGUUUACUGGGAGGAGUUGAGUUUAUUAAAGGGCCGAUGUGUCAGAAUGGAAGAGCUGUAGCUAUGGGAGAAAAAGCAAAAGGUUUUGGACGCACAGAGAAACUUCAGUUAUGUAUCAGAGAUGAUGAUUACGCUAAAAUGUUUGGCAUGGUUGAAAAUAUCGCUGGCGCUUUUUUUCUGUAGCAUUUUAUUCUAUAAAAAACCUUUCAUUAUCUAAUGAUGUAAUAUUAUAAGUAUUUUUAAAUAAAUAUUAUGGUAAGCAAAUUUAAUUCUCAGAUUCUAGUAAUGGGAUAAAAUAAUUCCAAAGAUUUCCUAAGCCUCUUUUCUUGAUUUCGUGAGUGCCUCAUGCUGAAUUACAGCAGUAUUUUACUCUCUAAGAAUCAUUGAUGUGGCCACACCCCAGACCCUGGAUAUGCUAGUGCUUGGGAUGGGAUGGUCCGAAAAUAAGAUCCACAAAAACAAUUCAAUCGCCUUUUUAAUUAUGUCGUAAUAUCUUGAAAGAAAUAAGAAGAUAAUUACCCACUUGUUGGGUGAUAAAUGAACGCCAUAAUUGCCAGAAAAAUCGGUUUUCUAUUCAUACCAGUUUAAUAUUUCUGCAUUCAAAAUUAAAACCCAAAACUUGAUACCGUAAGAAGUUGUUUUGACAGAUACAUUUGCGACACUACGCUUGAUUGAUUGUUACUUUAACUUUUACAGGCCGUGUGUAUUUUUGUAUAAAUUUAUUUUUUGCAUGUCUAAAAAAAUCAAAGCCGUUAUCUUGAGAUUGUAAGCACCUGUUUUGAUAAAUAGACUACUUCACUAAGUAGAUUUUUACUUUUACAUUUUGAUUCUAUGCAUCAUUAGCUGUCACAGAAGGUGAAUUUUUGUCUUCUAAGUUUUGGUAAUGAUCUAAUGUCAGAAAUGAGAAUCAUUUUGUACGAAGACUAGGUGUCAUAAUGACAAGUAAAUGUUUGCGUACUAUUGUCUCAACGUAAAUGCAAUUUGGCCUUAUUAUUUUCAUUUAUUCAUACUUGAUCUACUGCUGUACGCAUAGUGUACUUAGACCUGGGGUGCAACUGUAAAGAAAUAAGUUUCUUCAAGACACACUUUUGCCAAAUCAGCUUCAAAAUUAAAAUGAAGGUUGUACAGGCUAAAUGUAACACACGGAUAUAGUUACACUUUAUGCAAUAAAUUAAACAAACGUUUAAAUUUAUUUUCAAAUUGACAAUUAUCAUAUUUUAACCAGUAUGUACACAUAUUGUGUUUCCCUAUACAAUUAUUUGUAUCAGCAAAAAUAUUAAUAAUUUAUUAUAUUUAUUUUUAAAAAAUUGUUUGGUUUUGUAAGACUUGUCAUUUCUUUUGCAAAGUCAUAUUUAAAAAAAAAAAGAAAUAUAUUGUCUAUCUACAUAGAUGUAAGACAUCAAAGUAUCUCUUUACAUAUUCAAUGGCUGUGAUAUUAUUUUAGUAUUGUUAAGGUUUAACAAUUUUUUAAUAUCAAAAUAUUGUUAGGAAUUUAAAGUUUUUUAAUGCUUAAUUACUUUCACUUUCAUACGCAACUACUACUUUUACUAUUAUUGUCUACUGUUCAAAUUUUUAAAAGAGUUAGUCUACUUAUAAAAUGUUUGAGCUCAUAUUAGCCUGAUGAAAAAAAAACAAACACUUUAAUUUAAAAUAUAUUUUAUUUUUUAGGGGAGACUGUUUAAUGUUCAAAUUGUUAAAUAUUUGCAGACGAUUUUUGAGUUUUAUUUUAGAGAUUUCUCAGCGCCAUUGUACAACGCUGGGCAAUCUCUAGGUGUUAACAUUUUAUUUAUUGCUUAUUACUCCAUAAAAAAUGUUAUAAGAUAUUUUGCAUUCUGUGACUAACCGAUUCGAUAUAGACUAUCAGACACUAUCAUUAUGUGACUAUAGACUGUCAUACACUACUAUCUAUUUAAUACGAGCAGUUAAACAUUUUUAAUGGAUGUUUUUAAAUAUAUUUGUGAAAAUUUAAAUGUCACAGUAUUUAUUUAUUAAUAGCCAAAGCCUAAUUUAAAUACAAUUUAAAUUAAUUUUAAAUACAACGUGUAAUAUGACUCUAGUGAUUAAGUUUUAAGUUUCUUUAGCAUUUAAUCCUAUAAAAAAUCAGAAAAUGAACUAUCCCACGAAAGGCAUCAAAUAGUAAAAGACUAAAUUUUGAAAAUCGUUCAUUUAAAGAGAAAUUAAAAACUUUCAGAAUCACCACAGUUAAUUACAGUGAUAUUUAUGCAGUUUAAAAAAAAGAAACAUUACGUUUCUAAACAUUAUAUUUAAUUUUUAUUUUAUAUAAAACAAUUUAUAUGUUAAUAAAAUAGUUAUCUCUGAACCUAUAAACUUAUGUAGUUAAAAUGUGUAUAUUAUUUUGAAUUAUAUUUGUCCGAUAAAUGUAGGCUACAUAAUUUGAGAUAUUCCAAGUAAAAAAUACACUGCACUUACUAUAAAAUUUUGUGCUGGAAUGAAGUGACGUUUUUCUUUUCUUGUUGAACUCUGGAAAUCUAAGUUGGCAUACUAGUGACUUUUUUAGGCAUUUUUUUCGAAAUUAUCCCAACAUUUGUCACAGCAAGUAAUUUAUUACAAUUGUUAUUUUUUCUUUAAAAAAUUUAACAUUUUUAAAGAUGUUAUUAACUAAUUUUUUUUUUAACUUGGUUAGUCUCCAUUGGUGUAACUGUAUC